GGCGCCGGGACUCUCAGCCAAUCAUAUUGAUUGCGAACAUUCAGAGUUGUGAUUGUUAUAUUCCGCCAACCUUUAUAUAGACUUUUUUUUUCUCGCUUUUCCUUUCAAAUUUUAUAUUCCCCUUUAAAAAACUAUCUACUACUCCAUGUUUAAAUGAAUAGCUUGCAUUACUCUCCAACCGCAUCAGCAUCGAAUCCCUUGCAUACGCAUUUGAAUAAUCCGCCCACCCCGUCGCCCUCGCCUUCCAGCGCAUCCAUUCCGCUUAAACGCACCCGUGCUAAACGCAGCUGCGACUUUUGCCGUAAACGAAAGUCUCGCUGCGAUGCCGACUCCUCAGUGCCUUGCUCAAACUGUAGAGCCUGGGGUUAUACGUGCGAGUUUCAAACCGUCCGCAAGAAACGGGGGCCGCCCAGUGUAUACGUUGAUAAUCUCGAGAAACGGUGUAAAAAGAUGGAACAGCUACUCGUAUCGCUCACCAGCGCCAGUAUCAAGGAACUCGAAAAGCACGACUUCAAGUACGACAUCUUACCGGACGGGGCCAUUGCCUCUGGCGCCAACACCAGCGCUGUUCUUGACGCUGCGUCGCCACCUGCACCGUCUGACUCAUCGUCAGACGACGACGAAGACGACGACGACGACGACGAUUUCGACCCUACAGCCGACCUCCAGCAACGGCUGACGCAUCUCGACCUGAAAGACUACGACUCGAUAAAGUACACUGGCCAUUCGGCAGGGCUUCAAGUCGUUGACCACGACGUGUUUAAACAACAGCCGUAUAUCCGAUGGCCUGGCCGCGACAAUGUGGUGCUGCAAAUGAUGGGCCAAGACGAUUUGAUGAUAGUCCAGACUGGCAAGCCAGACGCACGGCUCGACGUGGGGCUAUCGAUGCGUUCCACGGUUUUCGAUAGUGAUGACCACCGUUCCCACCCGUCUGCAUCCCCGACUGCGAACAAAAUGCCAAGCAAACAAUUGUCGGACAAAAUGAUUGGCCUGUAUUUUUCACACCUCCAUCCGUUCCUCCCCAUUAUCAACAAAACAAGGUUCCUCGAGCAAUACCGUGUCUCGCGUGCCCCACAGACGCUUGUCCAGGCGGCCCUUGCGCUUGCCUUUCGCUUUGCCGGACAGCAUUUCAAGGACAAGCAUGCAAACGAUUUCGGCGACUUCUACUUUAGGAAGGUCAUGAAACGCCUGCGUGACUCGCUUCGUUCGCGGCUGUGUCAUGUCCAAGCAGCACUUCUCAUGACCUUGUAUUUGGACAUGGACGACGGCGACGUCGAGUCUGUGCAAUGGUUCACGCUUGGCACAGCCAUCCGCAUGGCCCAAGAUUUAGGCUUGCAUCGCUCUUGCACCCAUUGGAAGCUGCCCGCGUCUGAAAUUGAGACCAGACAUCGAGUCUUUUACGCCUGCUAUGUCCUCGAUCGUUGGAUGGGUGCGCGCGCAGGAAAACCGCUGACAAUUCUGGACCGCGAUUUCGAUACAGCCAUGCCGUCGAUGUAUGAAGUCACAGAUCACGUCGUGGCAGCAGCGGGAACUGCCGAUGCGAGUGGUGGUGGUGGUGGUGGCGCCGACAAUGGCAAAAAUAGCGCACCUGAACCUGUUUACAGCCAUUUUGUUCUGCUCAUCAAACUGUCUGAAAUCCUUGGCCGUGUGUUGAAAGCACUGUAUGCACCCAAGGCCAAACGCAGCAACUCGAAUGCGGGCCUGGAUGACCCCACGAUCCUGGUCGUGUUUGACCGUCGCCUGAAGAACUGGAAGGCGUCGCUGGAUGAACAAGAGGAGCAUGGUGUGAUUCCGCCAACUCAGAAAGGCCAUCUGCUAGUGUUCUACUACACAAUCAUGUUACUGGUCCAUCGCCCGUUUGUGCAAUUGUCUGCCACCGAGUUUCCUGAUUUGCAAUCCAUUGUCGCGGACUCACGUAGAGCAUGCACUGAUGCCGCCACAAACAUCUCGGAUAUUCUUCGUCACCAUAGCAGCGUCCCCACGCGCGAGCACUCGUUCUUGUCGCUUUGUUUACCCACGUGCUUCGUCUAUGGCAUGUUUCAAGCGUCGCUGGUGCAUCUGUCCAAUGCGCUGCAGGACCGUGCGUCGACACACGCAGUGCAAACACUCGAACAAUCGCUUGCGCUUUUAAAGUUACACCAACACUUGUGCCCUGUCCCGCGUGUCAUUGAAAUCCUCCACAUGCUCAUUACGAUCAAUAACCUUCCAUGCGAUUCUUCGUCGUCGUCAUCGUUACCUGCCCCCGCUGCUGCUGCUGCUGCUGCUGCUGGAGGACUUGCGCAACCAUCAUCCCCGUUCCCUCAAUCUGCGCUUUUACGUACCCUUCAUCAUCACCAGCAUCACCAUUCAUCACCACCCAUUCAUUCGACUGCAGCAACAACAACAACAACAGCUAUACCGACAGCCACGGCAACAAUCGACGCGACGACAACGAGGCAGCACAAUGACGAAGAGUAUCCAAAGUCCAACCAUCUCUUUGAACGUAUGAUUAAUUGCAGUGUCGUCGGUGGAAUCACGCCAGACAUUCGAUCCGAUGUCGAAUCCGCGAUAGCACAACAGCCGACAAGCUGUUUCUUACCACAGCCUGAAACGUCGCAAUUGUCCAUAAACUACCAUUACCAACAUUCAACAUCGUUCCGAAAUGGUACUGCUCCCCCUGGUGUCCAUGAUUACUCCUACCCUCUUUCGCUCGCCACACCGCAUGCGCCACUUCCGCCACCACCACCACCACAACCACAACAACAUGCUGCGGCUUUGCAUCAUCAACAACAUCCACAACCAUACGUCAUGGCGUCACACCAUCCAUCAACACUUGCUUUCAACAUGCCUCCGACCACCCCUCAUCAUCAUCAUCAUCAUCAUCACCAUCAUCAAACUGCUGCUGACACAGUACCGUCACAACAUCACCCAUCGUCCUUCAUUACCUCCUCGUCAACACCAACUACUACUGCUGCUGCUUCCAAUCCUGCUACAGGCUGGCAAGAUUGGAAUGUUUAUAUUGAGCAUCAACAUCCUGUCAUCGACAACACCCCUGAUUUGCAUAUACCUCGUCAGUCGUAAAAAUAAAAAAGAAGAAUAGCAAACACUUCCCUCCUCCCUCCCAUUUUUGUCAUCCUCGAUAGCUUCGUUUCGUUUUUUGUGUAGUUAUAGUAGCAAUCCCUAUUCUUUCCGUCCCCCCACUUUUUUGUAUGAUUUUUUUUUUUUUGCAAGCUAGAAGAAAAAAAGAAGGAUCUCGUAAAUAUAUCUUCUUGUAUGGAUCAUUAUG